UGUUGCUGGCGCGGCGGAGAGGAGAGGAGAGGAGAGCGGAGUGGAGUGGAUUCCACUUUCCAAUCCCUUCCUCCUCCUCCUCCGCCUCCGCUGCGCGCCAAUCCCCUCACACCACCCCAAGACCCCGAGGAGAGGAUGGCUGGGAGGAAGCGGAAGGCGGAGGCGGCGCGGGCGGCGGAGGAGGAGGCCGACAGGGCGCUCUACGGGGCCUUCCGCGGCGCCGCCAACUCGCUCUCGCAGCUCUACGCGAUGGCCGGCUGCCACCAGAGGCUCUCCUUCCACGCCGGCGAGCGCCACGCCUUGGAAAAACUCUACCAGUGGAUGGUGCGACAGCAUGAAAGUGGGAUGAGGCUCACAGUUUCUGACAUAGCGGCCAACAUUGAGCACGAGAUUGCGUAUGGAGGUGACGGUGCAUUAACUUCACCAAGAUCACAAUACACAACCCAGAAUCUCCAAGCUCAAAGUCACAUCCCCAACACAAGCACGCAGCAACUAUCAUCUUGUUCAUCAGCAGCAAACCCAUCCAAGGAUUCAAUGGUCUUUUCUAAAGCACUAUCCAGCCCUUUCCGACAAAACCUGCAACUGUACCAUAUUCAGCAAGGUGGUCAUGCAGGAUGCUUCGCAGAUGGCAUUUUUUCCACUGGAAACCGUGACUCGAAUCUUGCAGUACCAAACGAUUCGUCAGUGGAUAUGCAUUCAGAUAGCCCAGGUCAUGACUCAUGAGCCCUGAUUCCUGAGUAAGCAAUUUCCAGCUUGAUUCCAUGAACUGCAAACAACAAAAUUGCAGUAAAGAAACGGAAUUGCCCACACGCAAUUAGGGAUGUAAAUAUAAACCCUUACCCCAAGUCGUCCUAAUAUUUAACUUCUUGUAAUUUAUUACUUCCUAUUGGUCUGUUACUUCUGAUAUAAACUGCACAUAUGUAUCAUCCAUGUAUGUAUUUUCAGGUUAAGUAUAAUAGCUAACGUAGCAGUUUUCUUUA